GCAGCUGCUCCCUCCGCCGCAGCGACGGAGCUGUCGGCAGCUGCUCCUGGUAACUAAAAGCCGCGGCGGCGCAGGCUGCUGAGCCCGCCUAGCGAGCUGACGAGUUGAGUGGCGAAGAAAGCAACUUGACCAGCAACAUUUAUUGAAAAGAUGGUUCUUCCUCCCCACCACACUGCAGUGGCACCUUUGUUGUAAUGUGGGUGCUGAAUAUAGACCCUUUGGGACAGAUGACUGUCAUGUUUAGAUAUUAGUAAUCACAUAUGUAUAUGUCUGUAUUUGAAAAUGGCAGAGGGAAACAACAAUGAAGAGGUAAUUCACUUGAACAACUUUCACUGCCAUCGGGGACAGGACUGGAUCAAUCUUAGAGAUGGGCCCAUCACCAUAUCUGACUCUUCUGAUGAGGAAGGGAUUCCAAUGCUGGUCACCCCAAAUCCUCAGCAACAUGAAGAAGAAGACUUGGAUGAUGAUGUCAUCCUGACAGAAACAAAUAAACCUCAGACAUCACGGCCCAAUCUCAUCAAACCAGCUGCCCAGUGGCAAGAUGUGAAAAGAUUGGGAGAAGAAAGGCCUAAAAAGUCUAGAGCAGCAUUUGAAUCUGAUAAGAGCAGCUAUUUUUCAGUGUGUAACAACCCAUUAUUUAAUUCUGGGGCACAGGAUGAUUCUGAGGAUGACUAUGGUGAAUUUCUGGAUCUUGGAUCUCCUGGAGUCUCUGAAUUCACUAAGCCAAGUGACCAAACAAAAAGAGAACCCAAACCUGGACCAAGUCAUAACCAAGCAGCAGAUGACAUUGUCAAGCCCAGAUCAGAGCAGAAAGUCAUAAUCUUGGAAGAAAGUAGCCUCCUUUUCCCAGAAAGUGAUCCUUUGGAAACUCAAAACCAGUCAUCUGAAGACUCAGAGACAGAACUUUUAUCAAAUCCUGAAGAGUCAGCUGCUAUAGUGGAUGAUCAGGCCAUUGAAGAAGACUGCUGGUUAGACCAUCCUUACUUCCAAUCUGUAAACCAACAGCCCCAUGAGAUAACAAACCAGGUUGUUCCUCAGGAGCGGCAGACUGAAGCAGAAUUGGUCCCCUUGCUGUUUCAGCAUGAUCUUCCAGGGCCAGCUUUUCCAAGGCCAGUUUUUCCAAGACCAGAAACCCAGCAGGAUGGGAUUCCUGGCCCCUCUUCCCCUCAGCCUGUCCAUCCUCUGGGAGAGUUUGAAGACCAACAAUUAGCAAUAGAUGAUGAAGAGCCAGGUCCAGCCUUUCCAAUGCAAGAAUCUCAGGAGCCCAACUUGGAAAACAUUUGGGGGCAAGAAGCUGCAGAGGUAGAUCAAGAGCUCGUUGCACUGUUAGUGAAGGAAACAGAAGCAAGAUUUCCAGAUGUAGCAAAUGGGUAUAUUGAAGAAAUAAUACAUUUGAAGAAUUAUUAUGAUUUGAAUGUACUUUGUAAUUUUCUUCUGGAAAAUCCAGAUUAUCCAAAGAGAGAAGAUAGAAUCAUUAUAAAUCCCAGUAGUAGCCUGUUGGCCAGUCAAGAUGAGACAAAGUCGCCACGGGUGGACUUUUUUGACUAUUCCAAGCUGGUUCCCCUUGACCAGCGCUGCUUCAUCCAGGCUGCUGACCUCCUCAUGGCUGACUUCAAGAUGCUCAGCAGUCAGGACAUCAAGUGGGCCCUGCAUGAGCUCAAGGGACACUAUGCAAUCACCCGAAAGGCCUUUUCUGAUGCCAUUAAAAAAUGGCAGGAGCUAUCACCAGAAACCAGUGGGAAAAGGAAGAAAAGAAAAGAAAUGAAUCAAUAUUCUUACAUUGAUUUCAAAUUUGAACAAGGUGACAUAAAAAUAGAAAAGAGGAUGUUCUUUCUGGAAAAUAAGCGACGACAUUGUAGGUCCUAUGACAGGCGUGCCCUCCUUCCAGCUGUACAACAAGAGCAGGAGUUUUAUGAGCAGAAAAUCAAAGAGAUGGCAGAGCAUGAAGACUUUUUACUUGCCUUGCAGAUGAAUGAAGAACAGUAUCAAAAGGAUGGCCAGCUGAUUGAAUGCCGCUGCUGCUAUGGGGAAUUUCCAUUUGAGGAGCUGACGCAAUGUGCAGAUGCCCACUUGUUCUGCAAAGAAUGUCUCAUCAGAUAUGCCCAAGAGGCAGUGUUUGGAUCUGGAAAGUCAGAGCUCAGCUGCAUGGAAGGCAGCUGCACAUGCUCAUUCCCAACCAGCGAACUGGAGAAGGUGCUUCCCCAGACCAUCCUUUAUAAAUACUAUGAGCGAAAAGCUGAGGAAGAAGUUGCUGCAGCCUACGCUGAUGAGCUUGUCAGGUGCCCCUCCUGUAGCUUUCCUGCACUGUUGGACAGUGAUGUGAAGAGGUUCAGUUGUCCUAAUCCUCGCUGCCGAAAGGAAACCUGUAGAAAGUGUCAGGGACUCUGGAAAGAACACAAUGGCCUCACCUGUGAGGAGCUGGCUGAAAAAGAUGACAUCAAGUACCGUACCUCUAUUGAAGAAAAAAUGACUGCUGCCCGCAUUAGAAAAUGCCACAAGUGUGGGACCGGUCUCAUCAAAUCUGAAGGCUGCAACCGCAUGUCUUGUCGCUGUGGUGCCCAAAUGUGCUACCUCUGUCGCGUGUCUAUCAAUGGGUAUGACCAUUUUUGCCAGCAUCCCCGGUCACCGGGAGCCCCCUGUCAGGAGUGUUCAAGAUGCUCUCUCUGGACUGACCCCACUGAGGAUGAUGAGAAACUCAUUGAGGAAAUCCAGAAGGAGGCUGAAGAGGAACAGAAAAGAAAGAAUGGAGAGAACACCUUCAAACGCAUCGGUCCCCCACUGGAGAAGCCUCCCGAGAAGGUGCAAAGAGUAGAAGUCCUCCCAAGGCCUGUCCCACAGAACCUACACCAGCCACAGAUGCCUCCCUACGCCUUCGUGCACCCACCUUUCCCCCUGCCACCCGUCAGACCCAUGUUCAACAAUUUCCCCCUCAACAUAGGUCCCAUCCCAGCACCCUAUGUGCCCCCUCUGCCCAACGUACGGGUCAACUACGACUUUGGCCCUGUCCACAUGCCCCUGGAGCACAACCUGCCUAUGCACUUUGGCCCCCAGCCACGGCAUCGCUUUUGAUGGCCCAGAGCCCUGCCUGAUCCCCACCCCCCAGAGUCCCAACCAGGCGGUCAUGGAGCCCGUGUGGGCAGGUUGUAGGAUAUAGGACUUGCCCCACACCCCCUGGGCCGAUAGCAUCACUAAUGCCUUCCAAGGAGAGGUAGAGGGUUUGGCUUUCCGGAGGAUAGGUUGGUGUACUCCCAGCCUCCCAGAAAGGGCCACUGCUCCUUAAAGGGUGGCCAUAAGCUGGUGGCUGUCCAGGUGCUUGUACUGGGAUCGAUCUCAGUCUCACUCAGCCAGAGAUAAAAGGGCAGCAAAACCCUCUUCCUGAAGAGGUCUGCCAUCUCAGCAACCAAUGCAGUGGCCCUAUCUCUGCCGUGUCACUCAAAUCCCUGCAGAAAAAGACAAAGAGAAAAUGAUUUGCCUCCAUUUCUGCUCCCCAAGCAAAUAACAGAAGAAUCCUCAGAAUUAAAAACCACACAGGCCUCCUUUCCCACUGCACCAACAGAUCCAUAAUAAAGAUGCAGUAGCAAAUAGUGGAGUUUGGAGAGAACUGAGAGAUCGGCACCGCCACCCAUGCCUGGGGCCCAUCAAGAGUAAACCCUUGUGCUCUGUGUUACGGCAUAGUCAUAGGUCAGAGAGCUGUAAGCACUGCUUUUGAGGCCCAGACGCUCAUGCUAGGAGGCAUCAAAGGGGAACUUAGGGUUAGUCCGGAGAAGAGGUAGCAGAGCCAUCCAUGAGUCUGGCAAGUCCCAUGGGCCAAGCUGUGCACUGUGGCCCCUUGGGACAUUGCACAGUGUCAAGAGGGCAAGACACUAUCCCUUACAUCCAUGCCCAGGUACCACAGUGGUGACCAUUCAGGAGGCCUCUCUUCUCUUUUAAGGCCUGUUUAGAUCAAAAAGCAGUAGAGAACCAUCUUGUGGUGUGUUGUGUUCUGUCAUUUAUCUAAAAUGUUUGUUCCUGUUUACUCUGAAUUUAUCCAGUUUUCCGUGGCCUACUUGAAUUUCUAGAAAGUCAAACUGAGAAAUCAGUUACCCAGGCCAGGCAGCUGCUAAAGGCUGGAUAGUUCUGAAACUUUGGCCAAACAAAAGAUCUUGGGGUAGCUGGGAGAGGCCCAACCAUCGUAAUAGGUAGUCCCAUUGCUAGAGGAGACGAGACGUUCCUGCACUGACCAGGUGAUGACAGUUUCACCCCCAAGGUUUUUGGGGGAAGGAGUGGGUUUCCCUGGAGGGUAGAUAACCCCAGAUGCCACCUGGCUGGGUGUCCACCCAAGGCACUACUAGCCUGCUAGCUGUGCUGCACCCUGUGGUGGCAAAGCCCAGCUCCUUGCUUCUUCCUGUGUAUUUUUUCAGUGGUUGGUGGAAGAGGUAGGUAGAGGGUGAUAGCCUGGCCGCUGGGGGAUGAGGGCAGCUGUCCUAUGCCCCCAGGUCAGAUGAGAGCUCAGCCAGCCUGCCUACCACAUUCCCAGCCACCUUCCUUCAUGUCUGGUCCAGGUCUCUGGCUGUACCUGCAGCGUGACACCAGCCUCUUUGCCCUGCAGAGGCCUGAAGCUGCUAACUGCCCAGCUAGAGUGAGCUGCAGAUGUCACUUUGUCCUCCAAUGUUGGAGGACACUUCCUUGUCCUGUUGCCAUGGGGUUCUGGGAGGGUGGGAGUACACAGACCUCAAAGACAUGGCUGUGCCCAGUGCCUUUGGGCUAUGCUGUGUGGGCCCUCAGCAGGCUCUGCCAUCCAGGGUGUCAUGAAGUGGGCACUAUCAUACCACUGGUGGCUCCUCAGAGGUAUUUCAAGGAUUGAAGUGGAAAAAAUGUUUUA